AUGUUCUCCCGACGCUUCGAGCCGCCACAGACCAAGAGCCUCUCCAAGUCUGGGAGGCACCGGAGGGCAAGCUCGUCCUUCACCAAGGAAGCCGGCAUUUCCAAGAGGUCUCUUGAAUCCGGACGUCGCCGUGCUGGCACCGUGUCAAAUGCCGGGGCGUCCGAGUCGACGUUGGGUGGUCCCAUCUCGGCUAUCGUUACCCUCGUCGUCGGUCAAGAGCAGAGGAUCUUUGCUGCCCAUGAGAACAUCCUCAGCGCGUCACCCUUCUUCCAGAGCGUCCUGCAGAACCAAAUGAUGGACUCGCAGACCAAGAAGAUUUCGCUCCCGGACGAAGAGCCCGAAGUUUUCUCGUCCAUCUUGGAGUAUCUCUACAAGGGCGACUACUACCCGCGCCUGGUGCACAACAAGAAGCGCAAUGCAUGGGAGCUGGAGGAGGCCGGGGAGGAUGGCCGUUCCGAAGCCACCAUCUAUCAUCACAGCGUCGAGGGCGAGCUGCUGAAGGACACGGCCAUCUACUGUGCUGCCGACAAGUACGGUCUCGAGGACCUGAAGCGCAUCUCGCUGCGUAAGCAGGGUCUUCAAUCCGGCAUCCAAGCCAGCACCAUCCUGGCAUCUGCGCGCUAUGCCUACGCCAACACUCCCGAUACGGAUUCGAAGCUGCGGGCGCACUAUCUGGCUCUCAUCAUCCGCAGCCGCAGCACCUUCAAACGCAGCGGUACCAUGCAACUCGAGAUGUUCAACGGCGGCACGCAACUGUUUUUUGACCUGUUUGUCGCAUUGUGUAAUCAUGUCGACGACAUCUCCAGCGCUGCGUAA